AUGCGUGAUGCCGAGACUGGUAACGCCCAUGGGUCGGACCAUGUCCUCGUCCGUACACGCCUGAAAGUUCAUCUCUCAUCCGCACCAAAAAUGCCACGUCCUAUACGCCUUAAUGUCGCAAAAAUCCGGCAAGCCAGCACUGCCGAGGCCCUAAGCAGAGAAAUCCGGACCUGUUUUACGGCCCGAGCCGACGGAGAAGUCAGUAACCAGUGGUCUUCACUAAAGACAUCAGUCUAUGGGGCAGCAGCGAAAAUCCUUGGAUACACCCAGCGACGCCGCAGUGACUGGAUCAGCGGAAGAACCCUGCAGUUGUCUGCUCAGACGGCUAGAGCCAGGUCCCGCAACGAUGACUACUUCCGCCAACUUCGGAAUAUGACGGCAAAAUCGGCCAGGGAUGACCGGAAACAAUAUUGGGCUGAAAUAGCGACAUCCAUGGAACAGGCCUCGAACGUUGGUGACACUCGAAAGCUCUACCGUCUGAUCCGCCAAGUUAGCGGUAAGCCCUCUACACUGAGUGACUCUAUUCGCGAUGUAAACGGCGGCUUUAUUGCUGACAACUCGGCCAAAGUCGAGCGCUGGCGCGAGCACUUUGAGCACCAUCUCAACUUCGAUACCCAACCUACAUCGCCCUUGUUCUCCUCCUCAGCGGAGUUUCUUCCCUCUCCUACCUAUGCAGUGCCAUGCGAUCCCCCCUCCGAGGAAGAAGUCGCCGAUGCCAUACGAAAGUUGCGCAACAAUAAGGCACACGGAGAGGACGGUAUACCCGCUGAAAUCUUUAAGUCUUGUGUCGACACUCUGGCGCCCUGGCUCCAUGAGGUGAUUGAACGAGCGUGGAGAGACGAGGUUGUUCCUGAUGACUGGGGCUUAGGCAUCCUUGUGCCUAUCCUCAAGAAGGGAGAUAAGACGAGAUGCGAGAACUACCGCGGCAUAAGUCUCAUCGACGUUGCUGCGAAGAUCUUCGCUAUUGUCCUACUCAGGCGAUUCCAGGCUGUGCGUGACUCAAGGACGAGGCCCAACCAAGCCGGAUUUCGUGCUGGACGUGGAUGCGCAGAUCUGAUAUUCACACUGAGGCGCAUUCUCGAAUUUCGCCAUAGCUACCAACAACCGACGGCCAUCUGCUUCGUUGACUUUGCCGCCACGUUCGAUUCCGUUCACCGUGAGUCCCUGUGGCGGAUAAUGGCGCUAGAUGGUGUACCGGCAAAAAUCAUCGCCAUGAUCAAGGCCUACUAUCGUUCCACUACUGCGAGAGUCCUGGUCCGUAACAAUCUUUCCCAACCGUUCGGUAUUCGAUCUGGCGUCCGACAGGGUUGUAUCCUGUCACCCAUACUCUUCAACUACGCUAUUGACUGGAUCCUCGGGAGGGCCCUACGCGACAGUGACGGCGUUGAAUUUGCACCCGGACAUCGACUGACUGAUCUCGACUAUGCCGAUGAUAUCGCCUUACAGUCUAUGGUGUCACGGGUGAACGAGGUCGCUAAAUCAGUUGGUUUGUCCAUAAACGCUGGGAAGACCAAAGUAUUCUCAAGCUGCAUCCCUGACCAGGAGAAGGCACCCCUGGGGAUUGAUGGCUGUCAACUUGAAGAAGUGGACAGUUUUAAAUACCUCGGGGUGCGGCUGCUGCCUAAUGAACAGAGUAAGGACGACAUUGUCUCCCGAAUAGAUGCUGCCCGCUGGGUUUUUUCAAGCCUUCGGAAAUGCUUUUGGAACCGACGUGACCUCUCCAUCGCCACUAAGAUUCGCGUGUACCGUUCAUCUGUUCGGUCUGUCCUUCUCUACGGUUGCGAAUGCUGGGCUUUGCGCGUGGCGGAUGAGCGAAAACUGGAGGUAUUUGACCACCACUGCUUGAGGAUCAUCCUUCCAGUGAAGUUAACCGACUUCGUCUCAAAUGAGAUAGUCCGCGCUCGCUGCGACAACAUCGCGAGGAUAACUCAGGCCAUCCAAGAAAGACGACUGAGGUGGUUCGGGCAUGUUCUUCGUCGUCCACCUCAGGAGCUCAGUGUUACUGCCCUCGAUCCGGCGCCGUUGCCCCAUUGGAGGCGUCGAAGAGGGGGUCAGUUCAAAACCUGGCUCGACACUGUCCGUCAAGACAUGGAGGUGGUUAUUGGACCUUCGGUAUUCGGUCUCCGUCGUUGGCGAAGGGAAUGGGUUGAGCUGUCUAGAUCUGCUGCCGCUGAUCGUCACGCGUGGAGAGGUACAAUUCGGGACCUCAUCGAGGCCGGCUAG